AUGAUAUUUUAUGCUAAUAAGCAACAUGAAGAAGAUAAAGAGGAAUGUGUUGUUGUCGAUCGACGACAAUAUUAUCCGAAUCGGCAAGAAUACCAUGCAAUCGUAAAACGAGGACAGGUGACCACGCCAAAGUAUGAGUCUAGAAAUGAGGAAAUGUCAUCGAUCGAUUUUCGUACUGUUGUACUUGAGCAGAUAGCAAAGAAGAAGAAGAAAAAAGAUAAAAUGGCAUAUUUGAUAAGCAAUGAUAAUAAGUUAAUGGAACAACAGCGACAAAAUUCAGAUGAAAUUGAUGAUAGGCCAAGAAAUUUCGUCAAUUGUCGCCGACGAGUUGUGGAUGUGAGCGAUGCUAAAACAUGCGCUUUAUUAAUGGCAAAGAUCAAGGAAGCCGCCCAAUCAUCGCAGUAA